AUGCCUGUAGAUAACUUACAAAAUACUAGUCAUAGAUUUUCUGAUGUGGCUGAAGAACCAUGUAUUAUGUUCCAACCAAUUGAAGGUUUUAACAUACAACCAUUAGUGGCACUUGAAAAAGCUACAGAACCAUUACACAAUAUUGUCCCUCGUCUUCAGACAUUCGUACAUGUAGCCAAACAACGUGCUAAACAUCCAGCAGAUGGUCUUUCAGUUGAUGAAUCAGCUUCAAUUGCAUUAUAUACAAUGGAAUGGGAGCCACAUACAGAAUCACUUUAUUAUAUUCUUAAUCAAACAUUACGUAAUGAAGAUCGAAAAAGUUUGAAACAAUGGUUUCUUUAUCUUAAGCUUAUCUUUACUGCUUUAUCUCGUCUUUCAUCAGUAAAUGUAACUGUUUAUCGUGGAGUUAAAGAUAUAAUUGAAAGUGAACAUGAAAAAUAUAAAGUAGGAGAAAGACUUGUUUGGUGGGGUUUUUCAUCAUGUUCAACAAGUCGUCAGAUUUCCGAAGACGAUCAUUUUCUUGGACAAACUGGUAUAAGAACAUUGUUUAUUAUUGAUUGUAUGAAAGGAAAAGAUAUUCGAAACCAUUCAUAUUUCAAAAAAGAAAACGAGCUAUUACUUUUACCUGCUACUCAAAUUGAAGUUAUUCGUUAUGAACAACAAGAAAAUAAUAUACAUGUUAUUCAUCUUGAAGAAAUCGAAUCACCAUAUGUUCUAUUGGAACCUGUAUCUUCAGAAAAAGAAAUUCCAGAUGUAAAAAAAACAUCAACGUGGACAAGUAAGAUACUAACACCGUUGGUAAGUAACAUUAAAUUAGAACGUAAUCGCAAUACCAAGCUUAAUGAAUGUAUUCAACGAUGCAAGCCUCAAGCUGCAGCUUACUUAAAUGGAAGCAAUCUUACUCAAUCUGAUCUUAAAAUCGUUGUUCAACAAGUAAUGAUUGAUAAACAAUGUCGAACUUUAUUUUUAAGAGAAAGUAAAAUAACAGCUGAAGGAACAUAUAUCAUUUCUGAAGCUUUACGUGAUAAUGAUACAUUAGAAGGAUUAUUUCUGGCUCAAAAUCAAAUUGAUGAUGAUGGAACAAAAUAUCUAGCUCGAGCACUUUCAGGUGAUAAUAAUUCAACUCUGAAAGAACUUUCUCUUUCUCAUAAUGGUAUUACAGAUCAAGGUAUUCAAUAUUUAGCAAAAAUGUUGGAAUCUAAUGAAACAUUAACUCAUUUAUGGUUAGCAUCAAAUAAAAUAACUGAUCAAGGUUUAGAAAUAUUAUGUCAAGUGCUUUUGCAAAAGAACAAAACUUUACAAGUACUUUCACUUGAAUGGAAUAAAUUUGCUAAUGAUACAAAUCUUACCAUUCUUGUUGAUAUGCUAAAAAAAAAUCAAUCAUUAACAACGUUGAAUUUAGAAAAUUGUAAACUACCUAAAUCUCGUAUCGAAGAAUUGAAACGUUUAGUAAAGACAAAGAAAAAUUUUGAAUUACUCAUACACUAA